GGACACGGGCGCGAAGUGGCGGCGAGAGGGACUCGGUCUCCGCCGCUGCCCGGCCCCGCUCUGCGCCUGCGCGGCGGCAGCGCGAGUGGCGGCGGCGGCGGGAUGGCGCUGGAGACGGUGCCCAAGGACCUGCGGCACCUCCGCGCUUGCCUGCUCUGCUCCCUCGUCAAGACCAUCGACCAGUUCGAGUACGACGGCUGCGACAACUGCGAUGCCUACCUGCAGAUGAAGGGCAACCGGGAGAUGGUCUAUGACUGCACCAGCUCCUCCUUCGACGGCAUCAUCGCCAUGAUGAGCCCUGAGGACAGCUGGGUCUCCAAGUGGCAGCGGAUCAGUAACUUCAAGCCAGGUGUCUAUGCGGUGUCUGUGACCGGCCGCCUGCCCCAAGGCAUCGUGCGGGAGCUGAAGAGCCGAGGUGUGGCCUACAAGUCCCGAGACACAGCCAUAAAGACCUGAGGGGCUGGCAGAGGCACUGCUCCAAAACCUGUCGGCUUUAGCAGUGGGGGAGGGAGCCCGGACUGGGAGGGAGCUUGCUGCCUCCUCUGGACUCUACCCGCAUGGACCAUGGACAUUCUUCUGAGCCUUGCCAAGGGGGAGGCUGUGAGUAGGUCUGGAGAGGGGUGUUUGGUGGUGGCACACAGGGCUUGGUGUGGAACAGAAGUGAACUGGGCUCUGGCUGUGUAAAUAUCUCAAUAAACAUCCUGCCUGCUCA